AAAGCGGCCAGCUUUGCGCUGGGGACGGCGUCCCUGAUUUGCAGCCCGGGGCCUUGGCCAGCCAGGCCAUGAUCGAGAAGAUCCUGGGCGAGGACCCCCGGUGGCAAGAUGCCAGUUUCGUGCUGGGCAGCUAUAAGACAGAGCCGUGUCCGAAGCCACCGCGUCUGUGUCGCCAGGGCUAUGCGUGUCCGCACUACCACAACAGCAGGGACCGGCGGCGGAGCCCGCGAAGGUUCCAGUACAGGUCCACGCCGUGUCCCAGCGUGAAGCACGGUGACGAGUGGGGUGAGCCCGCGAGGUGUGACAGUGGGGACAGCUGUCAGUACUGCCAUUCCCGCGCGGAGCAGCAGUUUCACCCGGAGAUCUACAAGUCUACAAAGUGCAACGACAUGCGCCAAACCGGUUACUGCCCCCGGGGCCCCUUCUGCGCCUUCGCACAUGUGGAAAAGAGCCUCGGAACGGCCAACGGCUGGGGCUGCCCCGCGCCCGCCCGCAGCUCCGCGGCCAGCAGUGGCCAGCCCGUGCACAACCACCUGCCGGUGUCCACAGGGGCUCAUCCACUCGCCCCCAGCCUGGGUUCCAGCGUGGCGUCCAGCACCGGCUCUGGCAGCUCCUCCCCGGCCGCCCUGCCCUCGGCUCCCCGCACCCACCCGCCUGAGCCCGCCCCAGGCCCCGCUGUGGAUCUUCAUCCCGGCGAUGUCAGCCUCGCACCCCUAGAUAAGGAGCUGGAGGAGCAUGACUUGGGCGACCUGGGACCGGCAGGUCCGCGGUCGCCGGGGGGCUCGGCGCCCGUCACCAUCCCCGGCCGCCUGCCCCGCUCACCGUCCCUGCUGUCGUCCCCGUCAGUGUCCGCCUCCCCACUCAGCUCGCUCUCCCAGUCUCUGUCGGGGCCCCUCGUCUCUUCGGCCAUGACGCCCCCCCAGCAGCCGCCGGCCCUCACGUCGGAGCCCGGGGCGCUGGGCUCCUCGGCUGCGUCCUACAGCUCCUUAGGCUUGAACGGCGUCCCCGGGAGCAUCUGGGACUUUGUUUCCGGCAGCUUCUCUCCCAGCCCAUCCCCCAUCCUGAACGCCGGCCCUGCCCCCGCCUCAAGCGCCAGCCCGAGUGGAGCGGAGCUGGCCCGGGUCAGGCGGCAGCUGGACGAGGCCAAGAGGAAGAUCCGGCAGUGGGAGGAGUCCUGGCAGCAGGUGAAGCAGGCCUGUGACGCGUGGCAGCGGGAGGCCAAGGAGGCCAAGGAGCGGGCGCUGGCGGCCGACAGUGCGCGGCAGCUGGCGCUGCAGAAGAAGGAGGAGGUGGAGGCCCAGUUCCGGAGGCUGCGGGAGGAGCUGGAGGGCCGAGGGCCGGGCGCCACGCUCCCGGGGCUGCCGCGCUGUGCCGACCUCGGAGCCACCCCCCUCCCCAAGCUGCACUCGCUGCAGACUCGGCUGCGCCUGGAUCUGGAAGCCGUGGACGGGGUGAUCCUCCAGCUUCGAGCCAAGCAGUGCGCCGUGUGCCGGGAGCGGGCCCGCGGCGGCGCCCUGCAGCCCUGCGCCUGCUGCGAGGGCCCACCGCUCCCGUGGUGACCGCCGCGUCCUCACCGGCCCCUCGGGCGCCCCCGGGCUCCGGAACGACGGGGGCUCGCGGACCUGACGCACCGGGACCCUGACCAGCACUUUGUAAACCGGGGGAUUUAGGCGUUCUAAGUUGCUGUAAGCUGCUUCCUAGGUUCGUGAUUUUUUUACUACGCGGUAACAUGAAGCUUUGUAUGUGUACUGUGAGCUGAGGACAUUUGCUGUCAGUUUCUUGUUAAUUCACCCUAUGGUAAAGACCUUUGAUUUCCUCUUCUGAAAUUAGUACUUCUGAGAUGAGCGUUUAUCUGGUAGUGAGAAACACCUAGGACUUCUCAAUAGUUUCCAAAUUAAGUACAGACAUAGUAUUUAUAGCAGUGAGACUGAAAGACACAUCUAGGGUUUUAGUUUUGUGAAAGGGACGCUCUCGAUGGCGUGCACGCGCACAUUAAUUGGAGGUUUGUAUUCCAGGCCCGUGAAAUGGCGUUGCGCCUGAUUUGCCCCAUGACCCGUGGCCACUUUUUCUAAGUGCCUGAGCCUUGCAAAAGGAGCGAAGGAGGCCCUUCGCGCGGGUCCGUUCUCUCCUCUAGUGAGCAGCACGGCGGGGGUGCCCGUUGGUGGAGGCUUCCGCGUUAGUUUUACAAAGCUGUGCCUCGGCACCGUAGCCUCUGGAGCCUGCUGGAGGGCGUCCCGGCUCCUUCGCGGGCAGCCUGAGGCCAGAGACUCGCUCAUGCCCCUCCCUGCGACCAGACAGACGCCCGCCGGGGAACCCUGCCUGCAAGGGAGAGGCUCACAGGCCGCGGUGUAACCCAGGUAUUACCAGGGUCGCUCGGGGGACCCCAGGGUUGCAGAGAGAACCUGGCUGCCCUGCCGUGGCAAAAACACUCCCGAGAACAGGUCUGGUUUUGGUGAGGACCAGAAUCUUCUCUGGUCUGCACUGGGUCAUUUUUCCUAGCAAUCUGGGGAGAAGCAAAAGAGGUGAGUGGUCUACCCAGACUUUGCUCUCCCCGAGGCACAUCUCGAUGGCUGCAAGAUCUUUCCCGAACCUGCCGCUGGGGUGGGAGCAGGUCACCGCCCCUCUGGCCUGGAAGUGAGCGCCGGUGCCUCUCGGCCCACUGUGGCUUUGCCAAAGACUUUUAAUAGCAUUUUUUAAAGCGCAGAAUGGCUCGGUAAAAAUUAUCAGUGACCAAAUAUUUAGUAAGAGGUUUAAAACAUUUUUAACGUAAGACAAAGCGAUAGUUCUGUCCUUUAAGGGGGGCCCGUGGCGGGCUGCAGCGAGUCCACUACUACAGGUGACCAUCGACUUGGUUUUAGUGAAUCGACUUGGUUUUUAAUGAUAGUGAUGAUGAUUUAUUAGCUCUUAGAAAUGACGUAUAUUUUGUGCUACUGUUACCACCGUUUAAAAUUCUUUAUUUUUAUUAAUAUUUAUGUACUUGUUUCACAUUUCAGACCUUUGGUCUUUUAUGGGAAACAGAACAACGUUUUUAUUGUGGGUCCCCAGCCUCGGCAUCGUCAGAUGACAAACCGGGAACAGCCCGCGUGCUCCCCAUAGGCGGCUCGGGCGGGCCCCGCUCAGCAGGCAGACCAGGCGGGGCUGCAGCGUCGCGGGGCCCCUCGGCCCCGCCUGAGCCGGUCCUUUCUGCCCGGGGUCUUGGCUGUGGCGGCCCUGGUCUCCUGCAGGAGGCGUCCCUACCCCGCAGGCCUCACGGGCUGGGCCACCGCCCUCGCACGGGUGACGGGAGCACUGGGUGUGGCGUUAGCCAUCACGGGGCACCUUAUGGCCUCCGGCUGUUUGGAACUGGGGUCGGCAGAAGACCUCAGCUCAGUGUGGACACUUCACGUGGAUUAAUUUAUGGAAGCCUCAAUCUCUCUUUGUUCUGAGUAUUUAGAGGAGGUCGUUACUGGAAUGAAUUUUCUUAACCCAGAAGGUAGUAUUUAUAAAGCAUAAUCAUUUACUUGUAGUGAACCGUUCCAAGUUAACACUUGUUUAAAUUUUUUUACACUAUAGCAUUUAUGCAACGGUUUACAGAAUUCAUGGAAUUAUUUUUAUCGGUAUGGAAAUGAAUUAAAACUUUGAAUCUUUA